GAGCUCCUCCUUUGCCAGUCCUCACAGCACAGCUCCAGGAGCAGAACCUCAGCCACACCCGUAGGGACCAGUAGCACCUUCAGCACUGGCAACUCAAAAACAGAUGCGGAUGUUUCACAACAGUGAACAGUUUGAUUCAGACCUGACUUACCCGAGUCCUUAGAGUUGAUCCAGGUCAUUAAUUUCUGUGUUCUUUACAACAUGGUGAAUCUCGGCUUGACAAGAGUUGAUGACAAAGUGGCCGCUAAACACCCGGGGUUAGAGAGCUACGCUGCCUGUCAGUCUCAUGCCUUCAUGAAGGGGACUGGGACCUUUUUACUUGGUAUUGCAGGAUUAUUUACCCUUCAGAAGGUUAUACAAAGGAAGCUCCCUUACCCUCUACAAUGGAAUCUUCUUAUCUCAAUAUUGGCCUCAUCGGUGGGGAGUUAUGCAGUGACCCGCUGGGAAACGCAGAAAUGCUCUGACCUUUGGUUAUUGCUGGAGACUGGAAAGGUUCCAGACAGGUCACCAGUAAAGGUUUCCCAUCAAACAGAGGAAUCAAAAGGACCUCAGAAGACGAAAUACGGCGAUGUAAUUGAGUGAACCAUGCCAUAAUUUUUUCCAGAAGAUCUAUAGAGAGACCUUUGUAUCACAGAGUGCAUUCUGCAUAAAACUGGAUUUUUAUUUUUGUGCAAUUUGCAACUUGCAACAGGUGCAAUUUCAUUUAUUUGGUUUGUGUAAAGUGUUUUAAUGCGCAAGAACUUUCUUAUUUUGAAGGGAAAAUAGGUUACUUUAUUCACAGGUAAAGAAUUCUUUGAAAGUUCUAUCAAAAUAAAUAAACUAAUGGGACUUUUUUGAGCAAAGAUGGUUUGUGUUGUAUUAAACUAAAUAUAAAUUGUACUGCCAAAAAAAGCCACUGGAUGAUGCUGUAGACUCUGUAAAAUUAGUUAGAGGCACUUCCUGAGCCGUAGAAGACUUGAUAGACAAUUUAUGUUUUGAAAAAUAUAAGUACGGUAAUUAAAUACAGUUUGACUUAAGAAACAGAUUUUUCUAUUUACUUAUGUUUAAUGAACCUAGUUUAUUUAUCAAUAGAGAAAAAAUAAUUUAAGAUCAUUUUUUGAUAGAUACAAAUUGAAUUAAAAAAGAAAAUGUCCAUCGCUUAAAAGGUAUUUUUUGACCUGUUCUUUAUGAUUUUAAACACUUUUGGAGAUUUUAUCAUUAAGUUGGGAAGUGUUUGCAAACAAUGGCAGGUUUUUCGUUUUAUUUCAUUCCUUUAAUACAUUAUUAAAGAAAAAAAAUCUACUGUGAAGUAUAACAAGAAAGACAAAGUAAUACAUGUCCAAUAAAAAGCUAAUGAGUACUUUUCCAUGGUGGAGGAAUAUUUUGCUGUGCCUCAAAUACAUGUUGUUUUUUAGUUUGACACUACAUUCAUUGGUUAUAAACUGAAUUCAUGUAGGGAUGCUUAAUAUUAACCUACAGUAAGAUUUGCCUUUGAUCGUUGUAACAUUGCAGCAUAUUAAGUUGGUUUCUGGAUUGCUUUGUCAAUUACUUACAACACCAGGACAAAAAAUGCCCUCAAAAAAACAUUUAAAAAAACCUUGGCUUACAAAACAGUACAACCGAAUAGGAUUAAUGUAAAUAUCUGUGAAGGAUUAAGUUUAAGUAGAAUCUUUCCAUGUCCUCUGCCUACAUGAGCAAUUUGCAAACCUUUUUUUUAGUAGAAUUUAUCAAAUGCAUGUUUUUUUUAUAUGAAAAAGAAGGUGAUUGAGUCGUUCUGUCGUUUUCUUUGUCUUUCUGUCACCAUGUUGGCUUUCCUGGCAAAAAAAAAAAAAAAACCCCGGAACAGCUUUCAGAUUAGUGCUCCUGUAUCAGGAUUUCAGAUUUGUGCGGUCUGCAAUAGGUCGACUAGGAAUAACAGCAAUAUGACACUCAUUCAGUAUUCUAUGUUUAAUGAAGCAGAAGAAAUACAUGUCAAAUAUUAAAGCUGUUUGGAAUCAGAAUAAUUUGAUUUACAAAAAACCCCACAAACUAAUCCAUAUUAAGCUGAAUUUUAACACUCAACACUCAUUAUUCCCUUCAUAAUAUAAUAAAUGCCUACCAACUUAGUGUAAUAUGGGCAGAUAUGUGUCUUUAACAUGCUUGGUAUCAAAUAAAGACUCUCUCACCUGA